UCAUAUACGAGACAUUUCCCCGUCUCAAAUGUCGACAUCAAUAUAUCGCAUUUCCAGAGUCCUCCCAUCAUUGCUAGUUGUGUUCGGCGAUUUUGAGUACACAAAACUUGAGCAAUUAUGUCUCUUGCAGCUCUCGCCUUGGAUGGCGGUGAUCCACGUCUCCAUGUUGAAGGAGAGCCAGAGAAGGGGCUCGAGACCCCAGAAAAGGAUGGCCACGAUCUCGUCGAGGGCAAUCGUACUGCGGCCUUAGUCAGACCAGUCACUCGGCCUCUCUACGACAACACGAUCAGCUUCGAGGAGUUCGUUUACUAUGCCGAAAAGACUCGCGCAGAGGAAGAGGCGCAUGUCGCUGACAUCAAGGGCACGCAAGGUUGGCUGGAGAUGAUCUUUCCCAGCAAGUCUGGAAUGGGAGCAGGAAAUGUCACAGCCGACGAGAAGCAUGGCGCGAAACUCGCUCAUGAUAUGACUUUGGCGGAUCCAAGGGCCCGACUGCAAAUCAGCGACGAUGAAUGGACGAAUGCAAGCAGGGCUUUGCGAACUGCCACGAAGAGUGCUAUCUUCUAUCUGAUUACAACGGAUAUUCUUGGUCCUUUUGGUCUUCCAUAUGCAUUUGCUGGUAUGGGAUGGGGUCCCGGAGUUGCUCUCUUUACCGUUUUCGCUGGACUGGCAAUAUACUCAGGUUAUUUACUGUGGACCAUAUUCAUGGGAAUGGAUUCCUAUGAGUAUCCCAUCAAGAGUUACGGAGACAUGGGACAGCGACUAUAUGGGCCGUGGCUGCGCUUUAUAUUCAACGUUCUUCAAGCCUUACAAUUGGUCUUCAACGUUGGUCUCAUCGUAGUCUCUAAUGGCGAGGCACUCUCUCAAGCAGCCAAAUUCAAGCUCUGCUUUGCCGUUUGCUGUCUCGUCUGGUGUUUAGCGGGCUUUAUCCUAGGCCAGGUUCGUACGCUGCAAAAGUUUGGUUGGCUAGCAAAUGCAGCAGUGUGGCUGAACGUUAUCUGCAUGAUUAUCACCAUGGGCGCCGCUGCACACACUGCUCCCAAUUACUUGGGUGCAUCACAAUCGAUCGGUGCUGCUCUCAACAAUGGGACAUCGGUCACAGCCGUGAAUGGGGUAUAUCCCGCAGUCCAACACUCCAAUGGACUUCCACCAUCUCCUACCUUUGCAGGAUCUGUCAAUGCUGCUAUGCAAGCCGUCUUUUCAUAUGGAGGUGCUAUGAUCUUCCCUGAGUUCAUGUCUGAGAUGAGAUACCCGAGAGAUUUUUUGAAGGGCAUGUGGGCUGCUCAAAGCUUCAUUUACCUUGUAUAUAUGUUUUACGGUCUCUUUAUGUACGGAUAUCAAGGCCAGUAUGUUAUCAACCCCAGCUUCUUGGGUAUCGGGCCAUAUAAUUUCCAAACUGCUGGAAAUGUAUUUGCCAUGAUCUCAUCCGCCAUUGCCGCUGCUCUCUACGGCAACAUCGGCAUCAAAGUUAUCUACAACAACAUAUUCGUCGAGUGGUUCCACGCCCCAGGUCUCACCACCAAAGCCGGCAAGAUCAUCUGGACAGGUAUGAUCCCAGUCUACUGGUCCAUCGCCUUCGCCAUCGGUGCGGGUAUUCCCGCAUUCGCCGGUCUCUCCGGCAUCGUAUCCGCCAUCUGCAUCCUGCAAUUCACAUUCACCUUCCCGCCCUUCCUUAGCAUCGCCUACAACAUGAAGCGAAACGCCAUGCUCCCCGAAGAAGGCUUUGAUCCGGCCACUGGCCCUUACGCAAGGAAGGAUAAGGGCCCGAAGAGGUGGAUCAGAGGCUUCUUUGGGAAGUUCUGGUGGAUGAAUAUCUUUAAUUUCUUUUAUACGGGGGGUGCGCUCACGUUGGCGGCGCUGGGGGCGUAUGCGGGGAUUGAGAUUGUGAAACAAGCGUUUGCUAGUGGGGCGUCGAAUUCGUUUGUUUGUAAGAGUCCGUUGCAGUAGGUGGGGUGAGGUUCAAUGUGGUUUGGGGAGUUGGAAGAGGAGAUGUUGUGGCAAUACCCGGUGUGGUGGGAUGUAGGUGGGUGAGCUUAUACUAGGAUGUGUAGCCAUAUUUGAAUAUGUGUAGUCAUACUUGAACGUAGAUGUGGUCAUUCGACAUCAAAAGUAGGUGCAGAUGUCAUGUAUUGGUAUUAAAAUGCUACAUCAGAGUAAAGAG